CUUCAGAUAUUAUAAUAAUAUACGUGUUAACAAAAAUAAUAUAACAUGAAACUUUCGGUGAUAUUCGUUUUAAUUUUCGUAAGUUGUGUUAAACCACAAUUAAAAAAUAAACCUUUACCAAAAUUGACACCUUUAAUAGGCGAAUACCGAGCAGAAUUCAAAAAUAUGUAUAAUUGCAAUCCCACCAAAGAAAAUAAAAUAAAUACAAACUAUUAUUUAAAUAAAAUGUCUGAUGGUUCAAUGGAAGUUAAAGGAAAUAUAUCACUCUCAAUACCGUUUGAUGACAAUCUUUCUGUCGGUGCUAAUGCUGCCACCAGAGGGGCUGAUGGAAAUUGGAAAAACAAUGCAUAUAUAUUCCAUGCAGAACGAGGAUAUACAACAACAAAGAACUUUUUUAGUAAUAUUGAUACUAGUGGACUUGGAUUUAAUUUAAAAUCUCCAAUACCCGUGGGCGUUCACAUUGCAACUGGUUUCAAUGCAUCAGACUUGGAGAAUAUCAAUUAUAUCCCUAAGAAAUUUGCUUAUGGAUCAUAUAAAAUUCGUGUAUUUCUGACAGAUAAAAAAAAUCAACAUUUUGGGUGUCUUGAAACUAUAGUUCAAUUAAAACCACCAUCCAAAAUACUUUAAUAUUUUAAUACAUUUUAAUAAUGUUUGACUAGGUAUGUUAUAAAACUAGAAAUAUUCUCACUCUUUGGCUUACGUUAAUUUCAAUAUUAUGACGACUAUUUUUCGGUUAUGGUUAGCCGUUUUAUGAAUAAUUGAUAAUAAAUAUGUUAUGUGACAAAUUAUUAGUGUAAUCUUCAGUCUUCAUUCAGUUUGACAUUAAUUUAUUAAUUC